AUGUUUGAUCCAAAUAAAGUCGCUAGUAAGAAAAAAGAAGAUGAAGAGCGAAAAGUGGCAUUGAGACAGAUUGAAACUUGGUCCAUGGAAAUUAUCCCAUCUGAAAUUCGAGGUGACGCAGUCGUAGCAGCUCGAGAGGUUAUCUGUGGUGAUCCAGAAUGCGCACCGAUUGAUACUGCAGUGACCAUUGUGUUUAACAAAGGAAAAGAUGGGAUGUUUGGACUCCCAAUGGAGGCAAAAGAAGUCACCAAAGAAAUACUAAAAAUCGGCUUUCCAACCCCAGAGGUAUUGCACAAAUGGCAGAGCGGGGAAGAAGCGGAAUGGCCUCCGCUAGAGGAUGAUGUGGAAUUGGAUGAAGCUAUGAUGGGUCAAUUGCCAAAACUACGAUUCGAUAUAGAUUCUAAGGUACUAUGCCGCAUUGGUGAAAAUGCCGAGACGGACUGGGCAGCAGGAACGGUUAUCAAACUGUGGUAUCGCGAACCGAGAUGGCCACGGGGAUCCUUUGCCCCGUACCAAGUCCGACUGGAUGAUGGCCGAGAAAUUUUUGCACCGGCAGAUAUGGAGCAAGUGAUCAAGGCGGCUCCAAUAGGGCGGUGA